AUGAAUAUCACAAUUUUAUUACGACAUUCUGGAAUUUGGUUAAGCGAUAUUAAUUACGAAAGUUACAAGGUUGAUGGAAUUGUCGUUGGAGAAUCAAUUUCAUUUAUGAAUCUUAAAGCGUUGAUUUUAGCAAAGUUGGAGAUCGACGGUGUUAGAAAAGAUGUUGAAAUUCGAUACAUCGUAGACGGAAACACAUGUCCAUUGAAAAUCAGGAACGACAUGGGUGUGAAACUUUAUUUGGAAGUAAGAAGAAAUGAGCCUGGAAUCGGCAUGUAUCCGUUAUGUAUUGAUACAACUGAGAAAAUGGUUGGGGAGAUACAUAACUUUGAUUGUUCAUCCGGUGAAAUCAUAUGCGUGGAAGGUACAAAAAGAGAUACUGAAGCUCUUGCUCUGGUCGAAUCGAGAAUUUGUGAUUUAGAUUAUAUUCCAGAAUUGAAUGCUACAAAUUACAUAACUGAUUCCAAUAGUACGGAUGUGAAGACAGGCCAGUUGUAUAAGGAUAAAGGAACACUCAUCGUUGUAAUGGCGAAAUAUAAAAUAAAGAACAACUUCAAUUUCAAAGUGAAAAGAUCGGAUAAAAAAAGCUAUGUGUUAGUUUGCUUUAGUGAUGAAUGUGGGUGGACUUUAAGGUCUUCGUGCAGAAAGAAAUCUGAUGUAUUCAAAGUGAGGUACUUUAACAAUGAACAUAUGUGUCCGAUGCGGGAUAGGAUACUUACAAAAGUACAAGCAACAGUUGGAUUUAUUAGUGGUGUGACUGCCCCCAAGUUGUUUAAUCAUAAACGAAUUCAUACGCUGCAAGAUGUAAUUGAAGAUAUUCGAGCAAUAUAUGGGGUUGAAAUAUCAUACCAGCAAGCAUGGCGUGCUAAGGAACGUGCACUGGAAAUGCUAAAGGGUAAACCAUCAGAAGGAUAUAAGCAGAUGCCAAGAUACAUAUGGAUGCUAAAUAAUGUGUAUCCAAAUUCAUAUAUAAGGAUGCAAAAGACGGAAAAUAAUCAAUUCAUGUAUCUUUUCAUAGCACUACGGCCAUUGAUAAGAAGGUUUGACUAUUGCAGACCAGUAGUUGUAGUGGAUGCUGCACAUCUUGGCGGGGCGUACAAAGGUACUUUUGUAUCAGCGAGCACACUCGAUGGUGCAGGUUGCAUAUUUCCGUUGGCAUAUGGUGUUGUAGACACUGAAAAAGACUGUUCGUGGACAUGGUUCUUCGAACAAUUCAAAAAUGCAUUUGGCGAGCGUGAAAACAUGUGUAUUGUAUCAGAUAGAAAUGAAAGUAUUAUGAAGAGUGUAAGCAUUGUGUUCCCAAAUGUACCUCAUUGUGCAUGCAUAUAG